AUGCUCACUGGAAGCGAAAGGCCCCUCUGGGAUAAAGUGGAUGGACCAACCGAAGUUCCUCAAGUGAGAUUGCCCAAGUGGGCAGCCGACCACGUGACCGUUGAGCCGUUUGACGUGGAGUCCUUUGAAAAUCGUGCCGUCGAACGGGUGACAAACCGUGAUAAAGUCAUGGGAACGGAUUUGGAUGAGAUCCUCCAGCAUUCGGACGCUGCCGUUUUCGGGAAAGGGAGAUCGUUGGAAGAUGCCAAGAUCUGCGAGCCGUCUGCUGCUGAAAAUUUAGGAAACCAGUCCAAAGACGAGGCUCUCUGCAAGUUUCUUAGUUUGGAUAGGACUGAGUCGAAUUCUGGAAAGAUUUUUGAAAUGUUGGAAACCAUGGAGCUACCGCGUGAUGUUUCUUGGGACGAUCCUUCUGUCACGGGCUCUGAUCUGAGCAUUUCGAUAAAAGGAAGAAGUAGCCGAGAUGCGAAAAACACUUGUGCGGUGGCAAGUAAUCCGGAGUACAGAUCUUUUCUGGUUCAGCGACUGGAAAUGUCGCAUUUUGUGUCAGCUUUAAUGCAGUUCUUCGAAAGUCAGCAAAUUCGAGCCUGUCUUCAGGAGUUCAAGGAAAAUUUGAUGAACGAGGUUCUAUCUUGGAGACAUUUUAUUCACUUGCAUUCUGAAAUGGUGGAUCGGGUACACUACAGAUGCCUGUUGGGUAACGACAAACGUUCAGGUUACCUGCUGAGCUUGUUGCAUCGAGUUUUGGAUUACAUCUGCUCGUUUUGCGAAUUGUAUUCGUCUGGUGUUUGGAAAGAGACUGAGGGGAAACUAUCGCAUUCGGAAUUCAUCCCCGCUCAUCGUGUUUAUUUGCACUUCAACCACAUUAGCCAGCUUUUAUACAGAGAUACUAAAAUGGCGUCCGUGUCGUUCAUUUUGUCUGGGCUAUUAAUCACACUAUCUUACACAAAUGGCGCUUCACUCAGCGACUCUCCACUCUUUUCCGCCGCCCUCGCGACAUCGCCGUAUGGUUACCUCAACCUUCAGCCCGCACCGACGUUGUUCCAAAGACUAGCUUCUGCUAUGUUGCAAAGAUCACCGUACGACGUGGCUGUGAAAGCUGCUCCAGAAGAAGAGGAAGACACGAGCAAUGUGAUUUCGCUGCCCAUCCCCAUAUUCGUGCCGAAGGCCGGUAUGGAUGAUUUCGAGGCAGAGCAGAAUAAGGCAAAGGUGGAGGCUAUCGUGAAAGCCGUUUCCGAAGCCGUGCAAGACUUCAAAACGCGCACUUCUAAUGUCAAUGACACCGUGGAGACUCGCGAUGGGUUGUCUGCACCCAUUCCGUCUUUGUGCUCAUCUCGAAGGAAGGAUUCUCAAUUUGGCAAUCACAACUACCAGUACAGUUGGAUCAACACACCUAAGUUGGAUUGGUUCAAUUCCCGAAAUUUCUGUCGUCGCCAAUGUAUGGAUGCCGUUUCUAUCGAGACCCAAGCAGAGGAGGAGUACGUCAAGUCGAUCUUGAUUGAUGCUUGGCGUCAAGGGCGUAUCGAAUUCAUCUGGACUUCAGGGCGUCUCUGCGAUUUUCCCGGAUGCGAUCGAGCUGAUUUGCAGCCUAUUAGAACGAACGGAUGGUUCUGGUCCGGGUCCGGUGUCGGGAUUCCCGCAAUCGGUCGUGGAUAUACGGACUGGGGUAUGUUAUCUGGGUUCUGUACGCUUACUUUGAUCGAGCUGAUUUGCAGCCUAUUAGAACGAACGGAUGGUUCUGGUCUGGGUCCGGUGUCGGAAUUCCCGCAAUCGGUCGUGGAUAUACGGACUGGGGUAUGUUAUCUGGGUAUCAGUAUUUCUUCAGGGACUCAGCCAGAUAACCGCGAAGGAGGAGAAAGCUGCAUAGCCAUGUUGAAUCCGUCAAUCUACAACGAAUCGAGUGGACAAUUCAAGUGGCAUGAUAUCGCCUGCGGGCACCAGAAACAUGUGAUUUGUGAAGAUUCUGAAAGUCUUCUUGGUUAUGUCAGGCAAAGCAACCCCGGCAUUGUUCUCUGAUUGUUGGAAUGAUCGCAGGCUUUUUGAUAAAAGAUUUAUUUAUUGUUUUCAAGA